GGAGUGAACGGGUUGAAACGUGUUUGCGGAACAUCAAAAAUAGUAGAAUUACUGACUGUUUAAAAUUACACACUGUUUAAAGGAUUCCAUCACACCCAUUCACAAUGCACAGGAUCGACAGCAAGCGAGUGCAGGGCGCGGCCAGCGCCAGCGCCAUUCUCGCGCUGCUCCUCAUCAUAUGCCUCGCUGAGUGCGCAACAGAACAGAGAGUUAACAGAAUAGGUAGCAAGUCAGCGGGGCUGUAUGAGAAGGUCAACGGGUGGCGCAGCCAGCGCGGAGGAUCGUGUCUUAGUUACGGCCAUUCGUGUUGGGGAGCUCACGGCAAGCGGUCUGCCAAGCCCCCUACUGCCGCUCCCGACUGGUACCUCACGCGUCUGCUGAGGCACAUGGCUGUCAAUGCUGAAAUGAACCGCGCGCGACAGGAGCCAACGAACGAUGACAUCAACGCCAUCUUUCAGAUGGAUGUGCAAGACGACUCGCAGCCCAACAGACUUAUGAGUGUAAACGAAGACCCUGCAGCCAUGGGCCCCAUGAAGCCUGAAGCUAUUCCGAUGUUGGAUGAUGACCUUCUUUCUAAGAUGAAGCUUUGGAAAAUCAUGAGGAACGCAGCCGACGAGAAAUGAAUAGAAAACUAAAAAAAAAAAAAUGGACUGAUGUUUUCUAGCUUCAUUUGAUUGUUUCAUAUUGUUACUGUCUAUAGCCCCAAUACUCUGGUCCUUGAACUGCAAUGUUGUACUGUAUAAUAAGAUUAGUCGGUUGUAAGGCUGGGUUACAAUUGACAUUAUGUACAUAAAUAAAGGUGAUGUGCCAUUCUGAAUAAAGUACAU